CCUCACGUGAUUAUCACGUGACACACUGCUUCUUCAGACAUAACCCUCCUUUAAAUAUCUCUUAUUAACCUUCUUUUUCUUCACCAAACCACUCUCUAAUCACUUUCUAUCUCCUUUCAAAUCUCAUUCCAACUCAAACACUCUCAUGGCAUCAGACAAGAAAAUUAGGAUCGGUAUCAACGGAUUUGGAAGGAUUGGCCGUUUGGUGGCCAGGGUUGCCCUUCAAAGGAACGAUGUUGAACUCGUUGCAAUCAACGAUCCUUUUAUCACCACUGAUUACAUGACAUAUAUGUUCAAGUAUGACACUGUUCAUGGCCAAUGGAAGCAUUUUGAUGUCAAGGUGGAGGACUCUAAGACCCUUCUCUUUGGUGAGAAGCCCGUGACAGUUUUUGGUAUCAGGAACCCCGAGGACAUUCCAUGGGGUGAGGCUGGUGCUGACUAUGUUGUCGAGUCAACUGGGGUAUUCACUGACAAGGACAAGGCUGCUGCUCACUUGAAGGGUGGUGCCAAAAAGGUUGUGAUUUCUGCCCCAAGCAAAGAUGCACCCAUGUUUGUUGUCGGAGUUAACGAGAAAGAAUACAAACCAGAGCUUGACAUUGUUUCCAACGCUAGCUGCACCACCAAUUGCCUUGCUCCCCUCGCCAAGGUCAUCAAUGACCGAUUCGGAAUUGUUGAGGGUCUCAUGACCACUGUUCACGCCAUCACAGCGACUCAGAAGACUGUUGAUGGUCCAUCAAGCAAGGAUUGGAGGGGUGGAAGAGCUGCUUCCUUCAAUAUUAUUCCCAGCAGCACUGGAGCUGCCAAGGCUGUAGGAAAAGUUCUUCCAGCACUGAAUGGCAAACUCACCGGAAUGUCCUUCCGAGUCCCUACUGUUGAUGUUUCAGUUGUUGACCUCACUGUCAGGAUACAGAAGGCAGCAACCUAUGAGCAAAUCAAGGCUGCUAUCAAGGAGGAAUCAGAGGGCAAAUUGAAGGGUAUUUUGGGUUACACUGAAGACGAUGUUGUCUCUACUGAUUUUGUUGGUGACAGCAGGUCUAGCAUAUUUGACGCCAAGGCCGGAAUUUCUUUGAAUGAAAACUUUGUAAAGCUUGUUUCGUGGUAUGACAACGAAUGGGGUUACAGUACCCGUGUGAUUGAUUUGAUUGUCCACAUUGCAUCCGUGGCAUAAGAAUUGAGGCUGAGCUUUGCUGCUACACCGAUCUAAAUUUUAAUCGAGUUUUAGUGUGAAUUCGGAAUAAGAACACUUGUGUUGCUGUGAGUUAUAUCAUUGUAAUACAGUGAUUACAAUUUGUAUUUACAUUUUUGAAGUUAGUAAACGGCCUUAGGGUUUUUCUCCUAUUGUAAUCAAUGGUUCACUCUUUUGUUUCGUCAUCAUAAUCAUCUAUGAUCUAUGACACAAAGCAACAUUUUGUUUUCCA